AUGGUCGCAAUAUUGCACAAGAUUACUCAUCAUCGCGCUGCUGUAACUGGUGUGAAGGUAGUGACCACCUGUGAUGUUUUUAUAUCAUCGAGUCAUGAUAAAAGUAUUUGCUUAUGGUCAUUGGAUGAUUACACGCUACUGAAUAGUAUGCAAAUGAAUAGCCCGGUAUUACGUAUCGACGUGUCAUGGGAUUCGGUAUUUUUGCUCGCUCACUGUGACGAUAAUGGUUUGUAUGUGCGUACAUUGGCAACAGGCAAAGAAUUGCAUACCCUAAAGGGUCAUAAGUCUAAAGUGCGAACCCUACAUAUAGCACGAGAUAGUCAACGCGCAGUAGUGGGUUGUGAAGAUACAAGAGCUUUGAUAUAUGAUAUGCACUCAGGUCGUCUGAUACGUUCAAUGCCGCCGAAUCCUGGCCCUGUUACAGCACUGUAUGCUAUGGACAAUGACGAUUUCUUAAUUACUGUGGGUGGGAAUAAAAUCACUUUCUAUUCAUUUCGCAAUGAAGAGUUGUACGUUCAUCCUUAUUCGCAUAAUCAACGGAAAAAACGAUCCGUUAAACGCAGCGCUCAAAGUCAAAGAUCGCCCUCGACUACAUUACCACCUAUUAUCUGCUUUGACGUUUCACGUGAUUCGCAACUGGUGGCCAUUGCUUCCGGCAAACAUGUGCACAUAAUGCAGAUCAACACUCCACAAUACCAGACUACUUUAGAUGGUCACAGCGCACCAGUAAGCAGUGUUUGCUUCGCUCCCAAUGGUGAAUUUUUAACGACCGGAUCGGAUGACCGUGCGGUGCACGUUUGGAGCAUAGCCAUGAGUUCAAUUAUUAACACUUUUCGUGGUCAUGUGGCUCCAAUAUGUUGUGUUAUUGUUUUAAUGGAUUCACGUCGUGUUUUGUCGUCCGAUCGUGAUGGUUAUUUAUAUGUAUGGAUGGCUCAGGGUGGAAAUCUUUUACAAACUAUACAGGGGCCAGGUAAACGUCUGUCUGCCACAAAUAACAUGAAAUUUGCCAUUUCGACCAAUUGCGACAACACUCUAAAGAUUUGGUCUUUGACAAGAGAAGAUGAAAAGUACUCGGUAGCACAUUCCGAUGAAAUUACUUGUUUCACCAUUACCGCUGAUAGUUUAUAUAUUAUAACGGGUUCACGUGAUAUGUCUCUGAAGGUAUGGCAGGCUACUGGAGGAAAAUUAGCCCAAGUUUUAGUAGGCCACACCGAUGCUGUGACUUGUGCAUCGGUAUCGAUAACCAACAAAACUCAAGUAAUAUCGGGAUCGAAAGAUACUAAUUUAAUUCUGUGGGAUUUACAUACCGGGGACGAAAUUCACACAUUGGCAGGUCACUUAGGAGCAAUUAUUGGUGUAAAAGUUUCAGCUGAUGGCACGACAGCGGUAUCAGGCAGUGAUGAUAAGACUUUGAUAGUUUGGGAAACCAAAAGAGGUCUAGCUCUUACUUCCCUGCAGUUGCAUGUACCCUUUUCCCGUUUUGACAUUAGCAUGGAUUGUUCACGCAUUUUGGUGCAACUUGUCGACAGUUUUAAUUUGCCAGUAAUAUGUUUGCACAAUACUCCAGCUCAAUAUAUAAAAUUGCCCACCUAUUCGGCCCCAGCUAGAGAUGUAGAAGAUCUACGUCCUCAAGGUCCUAAACGUCAAAUGAAACGUUUGCUCAAGAAGGAAGUGUCACUAGAUACAUACACUUGGCAGAAGAAGUACGGUCAUCUUACAUCUUCGGUGAUGAUGGCUCAAGUAGAUGAGCGUUUGAAACGACGCUUCUCUGUAUCAGCCAGUAUGGAGGAGAUUUCCAAAAUAGCCGAGAUGAAAACUAUAACUUCACAAACUAAUUUGGGUCCCGAACAAGCUGCUCUGGCUCAGUCGCAGCACUUUGAUCAAUUGGAGGCAUUAUGGAAUAAACGUUCCCCGCCACGUCGGCGACAUAAUGCGGGUCUUUCACGUCAAACUUCCUUAGUUGAGGAUCGUUUGGAGUCUUCGGACGACGAUGAGUAUCAUGAUGAGCGUACAGGUAUGUUAUCAGCAUCCUAUGAUAAUAUCUAUAAAUUAGCACAAAUUACUUCUGGCGGCAUGACAUCGCCAUCAAAACAUCAUACAUUUAUGCACGCAAGGAGUAGUUGUAAUUGUCAAACUUACGCAUGCACUGAUACACAUUACAAUAGUAGAGACGCUACAAGAUCGAAAACUGUCCCUUACAAUAAUACCCUUACACAAAAUCCCACAACACGCGCGCUGUCAGUCUGCAGGCAGUGUCAACAACCCGAUCUGGUCAGAGAUUUAUGUGGUCAGAGUGAUCCAUUAAGUGAUAAUCGAAGGCAGCGUUUGCGCAGUUUUUUUCGUUGGCGCAGUUUAAAUACGCGAAACGUUCGAAACGAUCACUCCCACAGUUUACAACCCCACGUGUUAGCUCAGAUGCACUGUGAAAAUGCCGCCAAAACUCAAAAGAAUAAGCUGACCAAAGCUCAGCCUAUGCCCAUAAUAAAUGUGGAAAAUUUUGAUUAUCUGGCUGUACAAAAAAUCCGUACUCAACUAUUAUUACAUCCGCAAAAUACUCAGGCCGUUGGUAAUAUAUCUCAAGUCGAAGAACCAACAGCUCUAGAUCAACAAUCGUGGCUACAUAAAUGGCCUUUCAAAAAAUUUAUUCGUCCCGAACAUUUGCCAGAGCUUAAGUAUACCGAUAAUGCGGAGAGAGACAAAACUGGAUUUUUUUCUAGAAAAUCGCAAUCGAAGAACACAAACAACUUAUUAGCUAACACGAAAUGUAUUGCUCAGUAAAUAAUGCAAACCAGAACAACACCACCUUAAC